AUGCCUGUCAACCUGUCUCUUCUCUUGGACAAGAUCAGACUCGUCAUCGCUCCCGGCGGCUGCCUGCCGGGCUGCCUCUUCUCUUGAACAAGAUCGGACUCGUCAUCGCGCCCGGCGGCUACCUGCCGUCCUGCGGGCACGCACGGACGGUAGUGAAAGGUACGUAGUUUGAGUACUGAGGGCUCCAAGAUUUUGUUUCUCCUUGUCUAAAUGCCUCAUGGCUGAUGAUUUGUACCAAGUAUUUGUGCAAUUGUUCUAGCAGUAAGACUAAUCGAUGAGAGGGUUGGGGCUUGGGGCUUGGCUGGAAAUCUGGAUGAAGAUAUUUGAUCUUUGAUUCUAAUUCUAAGCACUCUGCAAAAUCUGGAUCACCCCUUUUUGGUGAGCACGAAGGCGUACCUUGCCCAGCGGCAGCAGAGAGCAGGGCGGCGUGUGUAGGUGAGAUUAGUUUCAAUUUAAUUAAAAACUUGCGCGACAGCAAGAGGAGGAAGGCAAAGGACAGCCGUUCGUCAUGUGUUGGCCAUUGAUCACUUUAAUUAGUGUAUCAUUUUAAUUGAAAAGAUUGAGGGGCAUGUCUUCGCGUGAUGAUAGGUCUUGGAUGCGCCUACCACAUCAAACAGAAGAGUGGCAAAAAGGAUUCAAGAAAUUUAUAGAGGCUACAUUUGCUGGUACAUCUAAAGGAGAAACGGCACCCUGUCCAUGUACGAGAUGUCGUACAAUGUCCUACCGAACAAUUAAAGAAGUUAGAACUCAUUUGAUUUUUAGAGGGUUUUCUGAAAGUUUUAUCCAAGGGGAAGGAGAAGAAAAGAAUUCAUUUGAGGGCAUUAGUGAAGGGGUUGGCAAUGACGGUGCAACAGGUGACUGUGAUUCUAUGAGGGAUCUGGUUUCUUCACUAAUCAGUGGUGCAAUACAUGGAGACAUCAUGGGUAGUGAAACUGAAGAGCCGAAUGAAAGUGCCAAGACAUUCUUUAAAUUAUUAACAGAGGCGCAGAGGGAACUUUACCCAGGUUGCAAGGAGGCUACUAAGGUAUCUUUCAUUGUCAGGCUAUUUCAGAUAAAGUGCAUGUUUGGUCUUAGUAACGGUGCAUUAAAGGCUAUUCUUCAGUUGUUCUCGCUUGUGCUUCCUGAAGGCCACUGUGUUCCGGACACUUUAGAGAAAGUGCAAAAGGUAGUCCGUGAUCUUGGCCUGGACUAUCAAAAGAUACAUGCAUGCAUCAAUGAUUGUGUUUUAUUUCGGAAGGAAUACGUUGACAUGGAUACAUGUCCAACGUGUGGUGAGUCUAGAUGGCAAACGACUAAUUCAAGUGAAAGGGAGGCGUCGAGUAGUGAUGCUGCACCGAAGAAGCGUGUUCCACAGAAAAUCUUGAGGUAUUUUCCGGUUACUCCUCGUCUACAAAGGUUAUACAUGAGAGCGAGCACAUCUGAAUAUAUGCGUUGGCAUAAGGAGGGACUGGUCCAAGAUGGAAAAAUGAGACACCCUGCUAACUCUAUGGCAUGGAAGCACGUGGAUGAAAAGUAUGAGGAUUUUGCAUUGGAUCCUCGUAAUGUAAGGUUGGGUCUUGCAUCUGAUGGCUUUAAUCCAUUUGGGAUGAUGAAUGUGACAUACACUAUAUGGCCUGUGAUCCUAAUACCUUACAAUUUGCCUCCUUGGUUGUGUUUAAAACAACCGUUCUGGAUGAUGUCAAUGUUGAUACCAGGGCCAAAAUCUCCAGGCAACAACAUAGAUGUAUAUUUGCAGCCCCUAAUCGAUGAGCUAAAAGAUCUUUGGGUAAAUGGUGUUGAGACAUGGGAUGCAAAGGUGAAAAAGAAUUUCACUCUGCGUGCAGUUCUACUUUGGACAAUUAAUGAUUUUCCUGCAUAUGGCAUGCUAUCUGGCUGGAGCACAAAAGGCAAGUUUGCAUGUCCAUACUGCAAUAAGGAUACUGACUAUUUAUGGUUGAAAUUUGGGUCCAAGCACUGCUACAUGGGUCAUCGCCGUUUUUUGCCAAUGGGCCACAAGUGGCGCCGCAACAAGAUUAGCUUCAACAACAAGGUGGAAACCAGGGAGGCUCCAGUACCGUUGACUGGUGAACAGGUGCUGCAGCAAUAUGAAAGCUUUGAGCAAGUGACAUUUGGGAACGCCUCAAAAAAGAGGAAGCAACGUGAGGAAGAAACCAGAUGGCACAACUGGAGGAAGAAAAGUAUUUUUUUUGAAUUGCCGUACUGGGAAACAUUGCUUGUAAGGCAUAAUUUGGAUGUGAUGCAUAUUGAAAAAAACAUUUGUGAGAGCAUACUAGGGACUUUGCUAGGCAUGGCUGGUAAAUCAAAGGAUAGCGAAAAGGCUCGCCUUGACAUGGAAGAAUUGGGCAUGAGAAAGGAUCAACAUCCUUUGGUGAAGAAUGACAAGUACACUUUGCCUCCUGCAUUGUACUCUCUGGGCCCGGAUGAGAAGACAUAUUUAUGCAAAUUUCUUCAAGGUGUGAAGAUGCCUGAUGGUUAUGCCUCUAAUAUCAAGAGAUGCGUGGACAUGACGCGGUUAUCAUAUUUAGAUGAUGAUGACAGUGAUGAUGACAAUCUUCCUGAUGACGGACGUCUUGCUAGCAACCCAUCUCCACAAAAAGAAUUGCCAUCUCAUGCUCGGCGGAAAAAAAGAAAAGGAUAUGGUUCCAAUGAAGGGCGCAAUAAAGGUGGACGUGGUGCAGCCAAGGGUUUAGCAGCAGCCAUAAAGAGAAUAAAGAGCGGCUCCCAGAAACUAAAAAUUGAUUUUUCAUCAAGACUUGGAGGUCCCAUAGGCCCUAACGCUCGCUCGUUUGUCGAUGAAGUGGUAAUGUUCACUAGGAAAAGAGCUCCUCUUAUUGGAGUCCAAAAAUGGAAAGAUAUAGAGCUAAAUGUGAAGAAUUCUAUAGCACUUGAUAUAAUGAACCGGUGGGACCUACAAAACAUGGAUGAUCAAAAGGAAAAGAUAUGGGCCAUAGCUAAGGAGCGGUACAAAGGAUGGCGAUCAACAUUGAGUGCUACAUACAAGGCAUAUGAUAGUUAUGAUGCAAGGAUGAAACACAAGCCUGAAGACUUAGAUAUUGUUGAGUGGCACUACUUGAUUCUGUACUUCGGAAGUGAUGAUUUCAAGAAGGUUAGCAAUAGGAACUCUAUCAACCGUGAGAAAAAAAGGACCAAUCAUUGCAUGGGAUCGAAACCAUUUUCCCAACUUAGCGAUGAGCAGAGAGACCCUGAAACAGGUGAAGAACCAGGUGAUCUAAGUCUUUGGAUGUGCACGCACAUGAAGAAUGGGCAAUGGUCAGACGAAGCAUCUAGGGCUGUAUAUGAUGAUGCAUUGUUUAAAGUUGUAGAGAGACAAUGCAGCAUUGAUCCUGCUUUCGUCUCCACUGAUGAGGAAAAUAAUAUUUUCCAGUCAAGCUACAAGCAAAGCACGGAUGCAAAACAUCCACUGUUCAUGGUCAUGGGUACUUGUCUAAACAUCCAACAAUGAGGGAAUCCAUGCAGCAUCAACUCCAAGAACAAGCCCGUGCUACAGAUGCAGCCAACCAAAAAAAUAUUGAGCUACAAGAAGAGGUUGUCAGGUUAAAUGAAAAACUUGCAAAUCAAGAAGCUGAAAGUGAAAGGAGAUUGGAAGAAAAAUUGCAACAGUUUAAAGAGGAAGAGAGUAACAAACUCCAAGCACUUAGGGAAGAAUUUAUGGCUGCGCUUGCAGGAUCUAGAGGAACCCCAUUAGUUCAGACUGCCACAAAAAGCAUCGACCCAAGUGAAGCUACGCCAACAGUUGAGGAAAGUGUUGCUGAUAUUCCAACUUCAAAUGCGUGCGAAACCCGAACAGUUCAGACUACCCCAAAAAGCAUCGACCCGAGUGAAGCUACACCAACAGUUCAGAAAACUACUAGAAAAACUCUAGCUUCUAAGGCGACGCAAAGUGUUUCUCAAAACAACAAGAAUUAUAUUUCUACACAUCAACUGAUGAAUGUAGCUAUAAAACGUGUACGGACAAGAAGCCAACAGCAGGAUAUUUGAACUUAAAUGGAUCACUCGAACUUGGAUGCCUUUCUUGGUCAACAUAAGGAAUCAUGCAGUGUCAACCAAAGUUUGAUGUAGCCUACAUAAGAUAGAUGUUGUCGUAGUGUUGAUUAUCUAUGAACUAUUUUCAAUUCGGAUAAUGUAUUGGACACUUUACAUACUAUUUUUUACCGAUUGGCACAAUUGAUGAUGGAUUCAUUUCAUA